AUGAUGCGACUCCGGUUACGCUUCGGACGACGGAGUGUCCACGUGGCGCUGCCCUUGUUCGCCGUCGUGCUCAUCUGGUCGUACUGGACUUUCGCGCCAUCCUCAAGCCGGCUCUACGACCCCCGCACCUCGGCGAUCCACAAGCCUUUACCGCAGCCACUUGCAGGACCCGUCACAAGCUCCAUCAUCGUCCCCGCGUACCAGGAACGAGCCAAUCUCCGACCGUUGACCGAGCGCAUCUUCCAAGCUGUCCGGGACAAGGCCUCGGUCGAGCUCGUCAUCGUCGAUGACAACUCUGGGGAUGGUACCGAGACCGAGAUUGCGGAUCUGAAGAACGAGGGCUACAAUGUCGAGUUGUUGGUCAGGACCGACGAGAAGGGGCUCAGCAGCGCCGUGCUGAGAGGGUUCGAGAUCGCACGAGGCUCGAGCUUGAUCGUCAUGGAUGCUGAUCUCCAGGUAAGGAUUCAUUCGGCUGAGAGCUUGAGAUUGACUUCAUUGCUAGCGGGUGUCUUCACUUGUUGCAGCACCCGCCAGAGACAAUCCAACCGCUGCUCGACUCGCUCAGCGACGAAACUCCGAUCGCACUCGCAACUCGGUACGGCAAAGGGGUCAGCAUGUCCAAAGGGUGGCCACUGUAUCGCAGAGUGAUAUCGUGGGGGGCUCGAAUACUCGCCAGGCCGUUGACGAGUGCCAGUGAUCCCAUGACCGGCUUUUUCGCCAUUCGCCGAGAUCACGUGAGUUGCGGAGCGUCGGUUGGGUCGGGUCAUGAAACGUCGAACGCCUCACACGUAGCUCACACUUUGUGUCCAAUCCUAAAACAGUUCUUGAAGUCGCGCCCGAUCAACUCGUCCGGGUUCAAGAUCGCCCUCGAGUUGAUGCUGAAAACUCCGCCGAGUCGGAUCGCCGAAUCGCCGUAUUCGUUCGGGCUGCGACAAACGGGGACGUCCAAGCUGUCGUCCAAAGUGAUGGUACGCUACGUCGGACAGCUCUUGACGCUGUACGCUUGGAAGAUUGGGAUCCUGUUCCAUGUGCUUGUGGCGCUGGGGGUAGGGUUGGGGGUGCUUGGGCUCGAAAAGGCGGUUGGUAUCGUGCGGAGAAGAAAGGGGACUGGACCGAUGUUGGUCGGACACAUGUCAAGGGAGAGGAAGCCUAUGUAUAUCCCGGGCGGUGGGGGUGGGGGCGGAGGGGGUGGAUUGAGGGGCAUUAGUCGGCAGUCGGGGUCGACGAGGAAUCUGCCGCCGGCGGAUCGGCAUGGCAAGCGGAUGAUGUAG